AACAUCGCCCAGAACUAGAGAUCCCUUCAAAUACGACCCUGGCCCAUUAUGUUUUUGUUACAACUACAAAAAAUUAUUGAAAAACUGUCAAAUAAUCAGUUUCUCUCAAAUUACAGGAAGUGUCACCCCCGUCGUGUUGUUGGUGCCACUGUCCGCUACCACUUUUUGACACCUUUCAAAAGUGAAAAGUCAUGGUUUCAAAAAUGUGCCUCGAGAACGAAUCAGAUUUAUUAUCACACUGGUUUUUGGACAUUGGUAAGAAAAGUAAUAUGUACAACGAACCAAUGCUUGGUGAAAAGACCGUCAAGUUCUUUAAACAAAUCUGCGACACGUUCGAACAAAACACCCACGUUUUCAUCAUGUCCGUCGAAGUGGCUGAAAAUUACCUCCGUACGAAGAAAUCCAAAAACGAGAAGAUUGCGGACCCGCUUCUGGCAGCUGUAACCAUUUCGUUCAUUUGCCACAAAUGCGAAGGAGCGCUCGAAAGUCUCAAAGUGAAACACAUUGUGGACUUGCUGUUUCAACUGUCAAAAAAAAGUUACAGCGCGAGGCAAGUUCUGGGAAUGGAGGGCGAUAUUUUAAUCACUCUCAAUGGGAUAAUUCAGAUGACAACGGUUUUGGACGAUAUGGACGUGAUAAUAGAGAAGUAUAUGAGUGAGAGUAGACUAAAAGGGAGCAUACGCCCUUUGUGUUUGAAAAUCCUCGAAUAUGUUUACUUCGAACGCAAAAAAUGGUUUCAACAACUCAAAGAGAUCUACAGCCAGAACAAGGAGUGUAUGAACGUGUUCCAACAUCUGAUUUCGUCCAAGUUCUACGUUCCUGUAAGUGUUUUAAUUACAGCAAUUGAAUUAACUCAUUAUCGACACGUUUUGGAUGUGGACACGGUCUUGGCCGAUGUUACCAAACACACUAAAAUCCACGAAGACCAUGUGCGACUUUUUGCCGCUAAAAUAAUCGAAGUUAUAAAGUGUUAAGUUUUAUUAUGACAAUAGUACUAAGUAUUGCUUAACCCAUGCACAUUUAUUAAGCUUAAAAAACUUUGUUAGGAUUGUUUGUUUUGUUUUUGUUUAUUGUUUUUUUUUGUGGUUUAUGUAAAAACUACCGGUAGAGGUGUUUCUUAUUCCAACAUCUGUACUAAAAUACCAAAAAUUAUUAUUUUGAUUUUUAAAUAAAUUGUUUUGGACCAUUA